GAAUGAAAAGGUCAAUUGUAUUAUUGGUUAUUAUUUAAGUUAUGGAUUCACAAUACAAGAUUAUUCAUCCUAUAAAAUAUUUGCAAGACCAUUUGGCACAAGAUGUUCGUCCAGAUGGUAGGCAAUUCUUAUCUUUUCGUCCAAUAAGUGUAAAUGUAGCAUCAGUCACUCAUGCUGAUAGCUCAGCUAUAUUCAAAAUUGGUAACACAACAGUUGUGUGUGGUAUUAAAGCUGAAUUAGCAGUACCUAAGGCAGAAUCUUCAGAAUGUGGUUACAUUGUGCCAAAUGUUGAAUUACCACCUUUAUGUUCCCCAAAAUUUCGACCAGGUCCACCAAGUGACCAAGCACAAGUUAUUACAAAAUUGAUAGAAAAUAUUUUAAGAAAUUCUGCAGCUAUUGAUUUAAAAGAUCUUUGUGUUUACAAAGGUAAAUUAGUAUGGGUUUUAUAUUGUGACCUUGUCUGUAUUAACUAUGAUGGUUCAAUAAUCGAUGCCUCUAUUGGAGCACUAACAACUACACUUAAUACUUUAACUUUGCCUGAAAUAUUUUACAAUGAAGAAACUGGAAAUGUGUCUAUAAAUUCUACAAAAAGAAUACGAUUUCCAAUUAAAGCAUUACCAGUUUCUGUAACUUUUGCAAUAUUUGAUAAUCAAUUAUUGAUUGCUGAUCCUACUGAUGUUGAAGAAAGUUUAUGUUUAGGAAGAUUAACUAUUGUAAUGAAUGAAAACAAACUUUGUUGCAUACACAAACCUGGUGGAAUUCCAAUCUCACAAAAUUUAUUUCUAGAGAGCAUAAGUAAGUGUAAAAAAAGAGUAGAAUUAGUGAGAUCGUUAAUUGAUAUUGCUAUAUCAUCAGUUGCAUAA